AUGAUCUCAUUCUUCCCGUCCUACUUCUAUAUCCACUGUCCGAUCUCCGUCCUAACAUACUCUACAGACAGGCUCUAUCUCGCCGCAUAUGUUCAUCCUCCGACAGCCGAUACCGUCUUCCCUUACCCCGAGACCAUACAAUCCCCGAGGAAGCGAUCUCAACGGGCCGCCCAUGGCCCGAAAGCCGCAGCCCCAAAGCAGCAGCCCUACUACUUCACCGUCGAUGACAUGCUUUUGUACAAUGCCUUUCACCACGACUUUGGUCCUCUCCACGUUGGCCACCUCUACCGCUUCGCCUUGUAUUUCCAUGACGUUCUCGGCGCCGAAGAGAACAAAGACCGACCUAUUGUCUUCUGGAGCCGUGCAGACCCAAGGAGCCGUGCCAACGCUGCGUGUAUUCUCGCCUGCUAUAUGGUCUUAAUUCAAGGAUGGCCCCCACAUCUCGCCCUGGCCCCCAUGGCGCAGGUCGACCCGCCCCUGAUGCCCUUCCGCGACGCCGGCUACAGCCAGGCCGAUUACACCCUCACCGUUCAGGAUGUUGUCUACGGCGUGUUCAAGGCCAAGGCUGAGGGGUGCUGCGCUCUGGACAAUUUCGAUCUCGACGAGUAUGAAAAGUUUGAGAGGGUGGACAGCGGUGACUUCAACUGGAUCUCGCCAAACUUUCUGGCUUUCGCCUCGCCGGAUUACUCUCCCACGACGAAAAUCCCCGAGGGAACCCCGGAAUGGGAUGCGCUCCCCAAGACGGUUGCCGAGGUCGAAGCCCACCCUGGUCUUCCUACCCCGUUCAAGAACGUCCUCAAGCACUUCUCGGAGAGGGACAUUGGCCUGGUUGUCCGCUUGAACUCUCCCCUCUACUCGCCUUCAUUCUUCGAGGCGUUGGGGAUCCAGCACCUGGACAUGAUCUUUGAUGACGGCACCUGCCCGACCAUGCACACCGUUCGGAAGUUCAUCAGGCUGGCCCACGAGACCAUUGUGGUCAAGAAGAAGUCCAUCGCCGUUCACUGCAAGGCCGGCCUGGGUAGAACGGGAUGUCUGAUCGGCGCUUAUCUGAUCUACCGCCACGGCUUCACAGCGGACGAGGUCAUCGCCUUUAUGCGUUUCAUGCGACCGGGCAUGGUCGUAGGACCGCAGCAACACUGGCUGCACAUGAACCAGGGCACUUUCCGGGAAUGGUGGGUAGAGGAGCGCGUCGAGCGCAAGCUCAGGAAGGAGAUGGCCGCGGCUGCUGCUGCCGCCCCCGCCCCUAGUACGCCGGUCCGCGCCAUGUCGAAGACGUCUCUCCGGAAUGGGCAGACGUCCACCCCGGCCCGUCGCAGUGCUUCCAAUCGGUCCCCGCUGAGCGAAGUCCACGAUGAGCGCAAUAACGUUGGCGUUCAGGAAGACUAUCUCCCGGCUCCCACGCCUGGCCAACCCCGCAAGACCAACCGCGCAGACCGCCAUCAUCCCUACCAGCGGGCCACCUCGUACAGCACGGUGGAGGAGGAGACUAUUGUGCACGAAGACGCCGAUGUUGUCAGUGUUCACCAGCAGUCAGGAAUGACCGAGUCCGACGAGGAGUUUCAUGUGAAGUCUCGGGCACAAGGGAAGGGAUCCGAGUCUGGGUAUUACGCAGAACAGAAGCGAUCGUAUAGUCAGACCUCCACCACCGUCUACCACAGGUACAUCGAAGACGACGCUUCUCAUGACGCGGAAAACAUCACCAGCCCGGCCCGGACGAAGAGCAUCAUCGACCGCGAGCGUGCCAGUAGCGCCUCGGGCGUCCUCGCCAAAGUCCGGGGUAGCAAGCGGGGGGCCGAGUCACCUCUACGCUCCAAGGACGGCGUGCGGAAGACGAGCGGACGCGUCGGCAGUGUCAGCAACGCGACCCCUUCGGCCACGGCACGUAAGGUCUCCAACGGCUUGUAG